AUGUCAUUGAUGAUUAAAGGCUCAAGCCCGACGGAGAUGAGAUGGAGAACACAACGUGCUCUAGAUCUCAUACAGAAAUGGUGCAUAGGAAAAUCUCUAAGGGUUAACCCCAACAAAACAGAGAUGGUACUCUUCACCAAAAGAAGGAAGCUGAAAAUUACGGCUCCCUCUAUCUUUGGCAUGGAGCUUAAAUUCUCAAAGGAGGUACGCUAUUUAGGCGUAACUCUAGACAGUAAGCUCACAUGGAGAAGCCAUAUCGAGAAGCAGACCCAAAAAGCAACUGCCACUUUCUGGGCAUGCAGAAGAAUAUUUGGCAUAACAUGGGGCCUGAAACCAAGACUGAUCAAGUGGAUUUACACGGCGAUCUUGGUUCCACAGCUCACCUUUGCCUCUGUUGUAUGGUGGCCUUCGCUUAAGAAGAACAUCAACAUCAAGGCAUUCCUAAAAGUCUACCGACUGUCGUUGCUAGGGAUAACUGGGGCUCUAAGAACCACAGCUACCUUAGCAAUGGGGGCGCUCCUGAACCUGGAGCCCCCGCAUAUCACUGCAGAAGCUCUUGCUAUGAAAACAGCAAUGAGAUUGCUCUUUAACGGACACUGGACAAGGGCUAGAACGGGACAUGCAGCCAUCCUAAGGGACAGGGGACUCGACAGAUUCCUAACCCAAGGAGGAGACAUGAGCCCUCGAAGCUACCACUUCAGACGUCAAUAUAAGGUCCUUAUCCCAAGUAGGCAGGAAUGGGACGAGGAAAACAAGAGCAUCCUGUCCCCCAUAGGGCUAGUCUGGAACAAGCACGUGUACAUCUGCAGCGAUAGUUGCGCUGCGCUCAGGGCACUAGAACAAACUGAAGUGUCCUCGAGACUAGUGCGAAAAUGCAUAGACUCCCUAAAUGAAUUAGCAGAGUAUAACAAAGUCAAACUACUGUGGGUACCGGGCCAUAGCGGGAACGCAGGAAAUGACAAAGCAAAUGAGCUGGCGAAAGCGGGAGCUCGUAAAAGAGACCCUGAACCAGUAAUCAGCAUAGCGGUGCCUUUUAGUCUCAUAAAGCAACACGCUUCCCUAUGGACUAAUGACAAGUUUCAGGAAGUGUGGGCAGAGGCAAAAGGCAUGAUGCAUACGAGGGCACUUUUUAAAGGACCCUCCAAGACAUUAGGCUUGUCCUUGAUAGGGCUCGACAAGAAGCUGCUAAGGCUAACUGUCGGGUAUAUCACAGGACACUGGCUAACCGGCAGGCAUCUGAGACGCCUAGGCAUCUCAGAUCACUCGAUGUGCCCCAGAUGCCUAUCGGAGGAGGAAACUCCUCUACAUCUAAUCCUCCAUUGCAGAAAACUGGCAACAGCCCGAAAGGACAUACUAGGAUUCUGCGAUGGAGAGUCUAUUGAUAUACAGGAGAUUGGCGUGGGACAGUUGCUUCACUUCUUGAAGCAGACAGGCCUGGCCAAUCUCCAAGCUAUAUAA